UUUGACUGUAAAGACUGCGAUAACCAAUCAGAAAGUGAUGGUCUGGGUCGCAUCAUCUCCCUCUGUCACUGAAAUAUCGAAAUGUUUUCAAGUAAAGACAGUGCCAUGAUGACUCUGGUUUGGGUAACACUCAUUUUUCUUCUUCACCAAGGAGAUACGCUGGAUCAAGUGACCACAGUUCAACUUGGUGAACCUGUAACUUUGACAUGUGUUUUACCUCCUGGUGAUUUAAGCAGUAAAAUUCAGUGGUACAAGCAGAGAGCAGGGGAAACUCUGAAACUGAUUGCGACACUGCGACAAACUACACAACCUCAGUAUGGACAAGGGUUUAAUGCCUCAAGAUUGGAAGUUAAAGACAAUAAGAACAUCAGCAGUCUGACCAUAUUCAGGACAAUCCCAGAAGAUGAAGGAAUGUAUCACUGUGCAGUCAUGGAAUGGAAUGUGAAUACUUGGAGUGCGACAUAUUUGUUAUUAAAAGGGAACACCCAUAGAAACAUUACUGUUCGUCAGUGGCCAACGGUAUUAGAUCCAGUCCGUGCAGGGGAUCCUGUGACUCUCAACUGUUCAGUCCUCUCAGACUCUGAUAACAAGAUGUGUCCUGGAGAUCUCAAUGUCCUCUGGUUCAGAGGACAAAACUCUCAUCCAAAUAUCAUCUAUGUUGAUGGAAAGAACCAAACUGAAUGUAAGAAGCAAUCAGACACUCAGAAGAGCUGUGUUCAUCGCUUCUCUAAGAAGGUCAGCUCCUCUGAUGCUGGGACUUACUACUGUGCUGUUGUCACAUGUGGAACGAUAUUAUUUGGAGAUGGAACUCAACUGCAAAUAGAAACCAGCAUUUGCUCUCUGAUGGCCAGUAUAGUUAUUUUUCUGCUGUGCGCUGUAUUCGUUCUCAUUGUUACUGCUGUCCUCACUUAUUCCAUCAGAAAAAACAGCAGUAAACAUUGCAAAGAAAAAAUGUAGCGAUCAGAAAAGACAAAAGGUAAAGUAUUUAUUUGUCGGAUUAUUUUCAUAAAUCUAAAGUGAUUUUUUAAGAUUGUUUACAUUUUGAUAUUUCUAAUAUUUUUAUGUACCCUAUUUCCCCAGAAUAAGGACACGUCUAUGUUUUCUGCUGUUGUCUUUACAAUGAUGAAAGCUGACAGAGGGAAAAUAGAGGAUGUAAAGGCAGUUGAGAAGCAGAUCUACAUGGCCAAGGCUUUUGGAUUGGAUUAGUUACCCUCCUUAUGAAAUUAUCUAGCGGAUGUUUGUUUAGAGUUAAUUGGUUUUUAUAUCUUAUCUUUCUUUAUAUAUCAUGUUGUCAUGACACAUGUCACUGCCUAUCAUAGUGGUGGGUUUAAAUGUACUGAGAUUAACUGCAUUUUAAUAUAGAUGUGCGCACAGACAUAUGCCUCAGGAUAAACCCUGACCCUCAAUACUGCCAGUCUAGUCUGGUUGGGAACAUUUAUUGCUUUUCUUGGUCGUUUUUCUCUCUGUCCAACUUUAAAAAAUUUGAAAAUAGUAGAUUUUUUGUUGUUGUUGUUUGUUUAUUGUUUAACCAAGCUUUCUGUUGAGAUUCUCAUUGAUAUUAACUUAAAAAAAAUGAUUGGCUUACAUUUAUGCAGUUUUAUUACACAGCUUAAUUCGGUUUUGUAUUGCUACUAACUGUACUUUAAUGAUCUGUUAUAGAACUAAAGAUGGACAAGAUGAUGUAUUCAAUCAGAGGAACUACAUGUCAGAAAAAGACAAAUAAAUGUACAGCAAUAAGUUGUUAAAAAGAGCUUUAUUCCACAGCUUUAUUAUUGUUGUAUUCUUCUUGUAUUAAAAUGUCUUAAGAUUUUU